UCUUUGGUGUGGGAAAUGUGGUUUUAGGUGCCUGACGCUUCUUUUUUGUAGUCUAGUCUACAACGCAUUACGUAAGGGGGUCGGUACUCGGUAACUACACCGACCAACCGGCAUGACUUAAAAAACGGAUCGCCUGUUAUUAAAGGAACCAGAGGACACCUGCAAUGUCUCCUGUACAAGAAAAUUCUCGGUGGCCCCGAGUAUCAAAGUUCACUCUUUCAGCAUGUGCUGCAACUGUUGCAGAAUUAGUCACAUUCCCUUUGGACCUCACUAAAACCAGACUUCAGAUACAGGGUGAAGGUGGUUCCAGACAGCAUGGUGGUAGUGUUCAGCCUCCAAAAUACAGGGGAAUGCUGAGCACAGCUAUGGGUAUAGUGCGAGAAGAGGGGCCCUUAAAACUGUGGCAAGGGGUCACACCAGCUAUCUAUAGACAUAUAGUGUAUUCAGGCGGCAGGAUGUUGGCUUACGAACAGCUCAGGGAAUCGGUCUUGGGAAGAUCUGAAGAUGGCGUUUUUCCAGUCUGGAAAGCAGUGAUCGGCAGUAUGAUAUCAGGUGCCUUGGGCCAGUUCAUCGCUAGUCCGACAGAUCUGGUGAAGGUUCAGAUGCAAAUGGAGGGCAGGCGCCAUCUGGAAGGGAAACCGCCAAGAGUACAUGGGGUUUACCAUGCUUUUACGAAGAUCAUAGCAGAAGGAGGAAUACGAGGCCUUUGGGCUGGAUGGGUUCCCAAUGUUCAGAGAGCUGCGUUGGUCAAUUUAGGAGAUCUCAUGACAUACGAUACCGUAAAGCACUUUCUACUGAGAAGCACCUCCAUACCGGACAACAGCAUUUGUCAUGGAUUGGCGAGCAUAUGCUCAGGAUUGGUUGCGGCUAUUAUGGGAACGCCAGCCGAUGUGGUGAAAACCAGAGUAAUGAACCAGCCACGGGAUUCAAACGGGAGGGGUCUUCUCUACAGGUCUUCAACUGACUGUCUUGUUCAGUCAGUGAGAAAAGAAGGAUUUUUUUCCCUCUAUAAAGGAUUUCUACCAACUUGGUUUAGAAUGGCUCCCUGGUCUUUGACUUUCUGGCUUACAUUUGAGCAAAUGAGACGAGCAAUGGGCAUUAGUUCAUUUUGAUGAUUUUAAGAGUUGGACCUAGUGUAUUUUUCUGAGCUAAACAUUCCAGACCUAUUUUUUUAGGUUUGAAUUUAAUUGUGUGCAGGUACACGAUGCAGGACAUGAUUAUUAAGAGAAAAUUGAGAUUGAUCACUGUAUGUCUUGGAAGAAAUAAAAUGGCACAGCAAUCA